AAUGUUGAGGAAUUAAAUGAAACCUAUGAUAACAUCGUGGGUGACGUCCUUCUGUCGGCGAGUGUGGUUGCCUACCUGGGCCCAUUUAUUCUGGACUAUCGCCAGGAAUGUCUGAAGGAAUGGUAUGGAAUGUGUGCAGAACGAAACAUCCCACUGUCUGAACACUUCUCCCUGUACACGACUCUUGGGGACCCUGUCAAAAUACGGGACUGGCAGAUUGCAGGACUUCCUGUCGACAACUACUCUGUAGAGAAUGCCAUCAUUGUGAUGAGUGCUAACCGGUGGCCGCUGAUGAUUGACCCUCAGGGUCAGGCCAAUAAGUGGGUCAAGAACAUGGAGAAGAUGAACAAGCUGGAGGUGGUCAAGAUGUCUGACGUCAACUUCAGCAGGAACCUGGAAAACUGUAUACAGUUUGGUAAUCCCUGUUUGUUGGAAAAUGUGGGAGAGGAGUUGGACCCCAUUCUGGAACCAAUUCUGCUGAAACAGACAUUUAAACAGAAUAACAUGGAGUACAUUCGUGUAGGAGAUCAUAUCAUAGAGUACAGUAAGGACUUUAAGCUGUACAUCACCACCCGACUCAGAAACCCCCAUUAUCUCCCAGAGGUCUCCGUCAAGGUGACCCUGCUGAAUUUCAUGAUUACAUUACUGGGUCUGGAGGACCAGUUGCUGGGAAUAGUUGCUGCUAAGGAGAAGCCAGAUCUGGAGGAGAGGAAGAACCUGCUGAUUAUAGAGAGUGCCAGGAACAAACGCCAGCUCAAGGAGAUCGAAGACAAAAUAUUGGAGGUCCUGUCUUCAUCACAGGGAAACAUUUUGGAGGAUGAGACAGCGAUAGAGAUUUUGUCGUCCAGUAAGAUUUUGUCUGAGGAGAUUUCAGAGAAACAGCUGGUGGCCAGCAAGACCGAGGCGGCCAUUGAUGACGUCAGAAACGGAUAUAAACCUGUGGCUAAGCAUGGCAGUGUGCUGUUCUUCGUGAUCUCGGACCUGGCCAACAUUGACCCCAUGUACCAGUAUUCUCUCACCUGGUUCAUCAACCUUUAUCUACAGUCCAUCAUAAACAGUGCCCCCUCACAAGAUUUAGAGGAGAGGAUCCACAACUUGAAUGAACACUUUACCUACAGCAUUUACAAGAAUGUCUGCCGCUCGUUGUUUGAGAAGGACAAGUUACUCUUCUCCUUCCUGCUGUGUAUCGGCAUUGCAAAACAAAACACCAUGCCAAAUGCCAGAGUGGGUGGUGAAAUCAACGACCGUGAUUGGCGGUUCCUCCUUACCGGAGGCCUGGCUCUGGAGAACCCCUUCCCUAACCCCGCGGUGGAUUGGCUCCCUGACAAAUCCUGGGGGGAGAUAGUCAGGGCAUCAGAUCUACCCUCCUUCAAAGGAUUUAUGGACCACUUCCGUAAAAAUCUGAAUGCCUGGAAGAAGAUCUAUGAUUCUACAACUCCCCAUACAGAACCCCUAGUGGCCCCUUGGAACGAGAACCUGAACAGGUUGGAGGAACUGAUAGUGCUCAGAUGUCUACGACCUGAUAAGAUGGUACCUGCUGUUCAGAAUUUCAUUGUGGAGAGAAUGAGUCAGCAGUACAUUGAGCCACCGACCUUUGACCUCUCGCUGAGUUAUGAAGAUUCCCAGCAUUUCUCACCCCUGAUUUUUGUUCUGUCCCCUGGGGCCGAUCCGAUGGCUGGUCUCUACAGAUUUGCUGAGGAAAAAGGUGUAAUUCAGUCUGUUUCUCUGAAGAAAAUUUUUAGAGAAGGUGUUAUACCACCACUACCACCACCACAGUCACAGAUGACCGCACAUGACCCGUCCGAGCCUAAAAUAACCUCGUUACUCGGGGUGUCUCAUCCCUCCGAGGAACAUGCGCGUUCAGGGAGCAAAGGUCUACAGACCAUAUCUCUCGGUCAAGGUCAAGGACCCAUUGCAGAAAAAAUGAUCAUGGAGGCGGUGGCCAAUGGGACCUGGGUGGUGCUACAGAACUGUCACUUGGCGGCGUCAUGGCUGGGAGAACUGGAACGAAUCUGUGAAACUGUGAUCACAGACACCAAUGUUACCAUGCCUACGUUCCGCCUGUGGCUGACAAGUUAUCCCUCCCCUGCGUUCCCUGUCUCGGUCCUCCAGAACGGGGUCAAGAUGACCAACGAGCCCCCCAAAGGACUGAGGGCCAAUCUACUACGGUCCUAUCUCAAUGACCCUAUCUCAGACCCCGCCUUCUUCUCCCAGUGCAAUAAACCAGCAGUUUUUGAGAAGCUGCUCUUUGGACUCUGCUUCUUCCAUGCCUUGGUGCAGGAACGGAGGAAAUUCGGACCUUUGGGUUGGAACAUUCCUUACGAAUUCAACGAAUCUGAUCUCAGGAUCUCCGUUAGACAGCUUCAGAUGUUCAUCAAUGACUAUGACAAACCCCCCUUGGAGGCCCUCAGCUACCUGACAGGUCAGUGUAACUAUGGUGGGCGUGUCACGGACGACCUUGACCGGCGACUCAUCACCAGCUUACUGGAGAUCUUCUACAACGAAAAAAUUAUUUUUGACGACACGUACAAAUUCUCCCCCAGUGGUCUCUACUAUGCCCCUCCCAAGGGGAUGUAUGACCAGUAUGUGGACUACAUCAGGAAACUGCCCCUGAUACCUCACCCCGAGGUGUUUGGUCUACAUGAGAAUGCUGAUAUAUCUAAGGACCAGCAGGAAACACAGCAGCUGUUUGAUGGAAUUCUUCUGACAUUACCAAGACAGAGAGACUUGCCAAUGAAUGAAACAAGUGGAGGAGGGAAAUCCUCACAGGAGAUGAUUGAAGAGCUCGCCAGUGAUAUUCUGACCAAGAUCCCAGCGGACUUCAACCUGGAGGAGUGUCAGAACAAGUUCCCAGUGAGAUAUGAAGAGUCUAUGAACACAGUACUGAACCAGGAGUUGAUCCGGUUUAACCGGUUGACCCAGGUGGUUCGUCAGAGCCUACAGGACAUUAGGAAGGCCAUCAAAGGAGUGGUCCUGAUGUCGUCCGAACUGGAGGAUGUGUUUGACAGCAUGAUGGUGGGGAAGGUUCCUGCGAUGUGGCAAGCCAAGUCCUACCCCUCCCUCAAACCUCUGGGGAGUUACAUCACAGACUUACUGGCCAGGCUAGCGUUCUUCAAGGAGUGGAUCUAUGGGGGUACUCCAUCAGUCUUCUGGAUCUCGGGUUUCUAUUUCACUCAGUCCUUUUUGACUGGUGUGAUGCAGAACUAUGCCAGGAAAUACAAAAUCCCCAUUGACUACCUCGGAUUUGAAUAUCAAGUAA